GACUUCGGCUAUUCAUCCGGAAUUUAGGUUUUGCGCAGAUGAUUGCGAAGUGCGAUAGGUAAGUGUGUGUGUGGCGCGAAUUUUACAACAAUUGCGACGGGCAUCGAUCCGCAAUGCCUAAGGUGUUCCUGGCUGUGACGAUUGGCGAGGCCGGUGGCCUGGAAGUUCAGUGGCGGAAAAUUAUGUUCCCCGGAUUUGCUGGAAGGGGAUCGGCUGCUUGGCUGCAUUGUGGGGGAGUCGACAUGGGCCACUUUGCCGUCAUACCGUCUGUCAUUUCCGCCGCCCUCGCAAUUCUGUGUCAAGGAUUGAAUUGCGUUCUCCAUAGUGGCUGAGAGACCGGCCAAGCGCUGUGUGUAGGCAACGGAUAGCAAGAGCACA